AUGGAGACCUAUAGAAGACGUUCCCCGGUAACUCUGCACACUUUCAGGGACCUCAUGGAGUCCCCGCUGACCACCGAGGAAGUUCACAGACGACUAACUGACGACGAGGAUUCAGUUUCAAGUCACGACACUGACAGAGAGUCUAACAGCUCGCCGCUGUGCACGCUGGAGGAGUUACAAGAACAGCUGGCCGUGGAGGACAGCGGUGUCCGCGCGGCCGUGCCCGGUCAAACGGACGACUCGCGCUUCGCGACUGUGGUUCAACAGUCUGACCCGAACGCGCCCCCGAAGCCCGUGCGCUCAUAUGUGGACGAAGCGUUACCGGACCUGCUCCGGAGCGGAAGCCCGCUCCGCAGACGAGUGUCCAGCCCGGUGUCUGCCACGCUGAAGCACGUGAAAAGGGAAGUGGAAUUAUCUCGGCAGCGCAGUCUGAAGCUCAAGGCUCAGGUGGAUAGACUGCAACAGAAAUAUGAUAGUGGACCCGGCUGGAGUGAAAACAGACACCUGGUGGCAGAGGAGAUUCAGUCUGUUGUGAAGCUGCUACUCCCUCUGACAGAUUUAGAGUCAGCAGAAGUUGAUCAGCCAUCCCAAACCAAUCCUUUAGACAAGGCACUGCUUCAGCUGCAGAAAGUGUCCCGGACACUCGCCGUUAACCACACCUCUCAGGGAAAGACGUCUGGGGAAGAUUCUGCCAUUUUACAGCAAGCUCUGCGCGACAGAGAUGAAGCCAUAUCAAAAAAACAAGCAAUGGAGACUGAGCUACUGAGAAGCAAGAACGAACUAAUGACACUGAACAAUCAACUUUUGGAAGCUGUUCAGAGUCGACUAGAACUGUCCAUAGAGCUGGAGGCCUGGAAAGAUGACGUUCAGACCAUUCUUCAUCACCAGCUCCUCAGACAGCAGCAAGAAGAACAGGCUCAGAAGAAGUCGAGAGGGUUCGGCGUUCUGCGGCGCUCCAAUAAGCCCCUUCCUCCCAAACCUGAUUUCUCCUCCAUGAUGCCGGCCCCUGUCCCAGCCCCCCAGUCUCCAUCACCUGCUGGAACACAGAGAUGGAAAGACAAGUUCAGACUAGGAAGAGUCGGUACACAAGGACCUGCCGAAUCUCGGCCACAAAGAAGCGACAAAGAGGACAAUUUUCAGACGGUUUCUUUGGACUGAUAAGGCCAUUUCAGAGUUUGAUUGUAUUGCCUCAUCGACACUAAGCAUGUAAAUAAUAUUAUGAAUAAUGCUUUGACACAUUUGAACUGUGUUAUGGAUGUGUGUUACACUGUAGAGAAUAUAUUAAUGUGACUGCUGUGAUGAGAAUCUUAGAGGGUUUUGUUGACCUGGAGUCACGAACUUCCUAGUAAUAUAUUAAGAAAUGGGAAUAAAGGUGGAAAAAACAACAAUUUAUAAGAUGAUUUAUAAGGGCCCCAGUUUUUUACUUUAUUAAUUAUUAAUCCACAUUGGGUUUUUAAUAAGCACUACCAUUCAAAUGUUUUUUUUUUUAAAUACACUGUCAACAAUAAUAUUACAAAAUAUAAAAAAAAUACAUUUGAAUACAUUUUAAAAUGUAAUUUCUUCUUGUUGUGGCAAAGAUACAUUUUCUAGAUCACUUUAGUCAAUUGUGUGUUUUCUAAUAUUUUUGUGGAAACCGCAAACAUACUUUUUUUCAGGAUUGUUGGAUGGAUAUAAAGUUUAAAAGAACAGCAUUAAUUUGAAAUAAAAAUUUUGUAACAAAA